GAUUCGACAAGCAGCGAGAACUAUUCGUUGGUGCACUACUCGACAGGAUGUCAUCGCAAUCCAGCACCGCCGCCGCCACCUGCUUCACUGGCUACUAACAACAAUAACAGCAGUAAUAAUAAUCGUAACAAAAUCCAGCAGCACAACUGUGGCACGACAUUUGGCAUAUCAGCUACGCAGUCGCCACAGAACAUCGUUAAGAAGUCGCAGUCGUCGCACCAAGUGUACGGCUCGAACGCGUCAUCAGGUAGCCGCCACAGCUCAGGAAUACACAUUACGCCAUCGCCGAGUGAUUCUGGCAUUGUCGAUUACGAGACUAUAAUCCGUGAUAAGGAGAACGAGUUGACGAAUGUGCGGGCAACGAUGGAGCAGAACGAAGAGGUAGUGGUCCGGGUGUAUCUGGAAAAGGAAAGACUCUGGAAGGAGCAACUCGCCGAUCUCAAGCACAAGUUACAGGCCAGCCAGCAGGGCGAAAGCGCACUACGGCAGCAAAUACAACGCUGUAAUGAGCAAAGGGAGCAGUUCCAAGCAACCAUACAAAAUCUUACCAGCGAUAAACAAGGACUCCAGCGCAAGGCGAGUUUAAUCUUCAUCAGAAAGCCGAAAUGA